GUUGUGGAAGCUGGCCGGCUGACGUGUCCGGGAUAUACAGAAAUGGCUGCACAGGGAGAGGUGGACGAGUUAUUUGAUGUGAAGAAUUCUUUCUAUAUUGGAAGUUACCAGCAGUGCAUUAAUGAGGCGCAAAGAGUAAAGCCUUCAAGUCCAGAGAAGGAGGUGGAGAGAGACGUUUUCCUGUUCAGAGCAUAUAUAGCCCAGCGCAAGUAUGGGGUUGUUCUUGAUGAAAUUCGGCCAAAUACCAACCCUGAAUUACAGGCUGUCCGAAUGUUUGCAGAGUAUCUGUCCAAUGAGAGUCGCAGAGAUGCCAUAGUUUCAGAUCUUGACAAAAAGAUGGCAAAAAGUGUUGAUAUAACUAAUUCAACAUUCCUGCUGAUGGCCGCUUCAAUUUACUUCCAUGAUGGCAACACAGAUGCAGCCUUGCGAGCCCUACACCAAGGAGACAGCCUGGAAUGCAUGGCCACAAUAAUCCAAGUGCUGCUAAAACUUGACAGGCUUGAUUUGGCUCGGAAAGAACUGAAAAAGAUGGUAGAGGUGGAUGAGGAUGCAACACUAACACAGUUGGCAACAGCUUGGGUCAAUAUUGCUGUGGGUGGGGACAAGUUGCAAGAUGCCUUCUACAUCUUCCAGGAAAUGUCUGACAAAUACUCAUCUACACUUCUGCUGCUGAAUGGGCAAGCCACAUGUUAUAUGGGCCAGGGCAAGUGGGAAGAUGCAGAAGGUGUUCUGCAGGAGGCACUGGAUAAGGAUAGCAGCCAUCCAGAAACCUUGAUCAAUUUUAUUGUCUUGACCCAGCACUUGGGCAAACCACCUGAGGUCACCAACCGUUAUCUGUCUCAACUGAAGGAUGGACACAAAAAUCACCCAUUUAUUAAGGAAUACCAAGCAAAGGAAAAUGAAUUUGACCGGCUGGUCCUGCAGUAUGCACCCAGUGCAUGAACUCAUCCUGGUUAAUUUAUAUUCCAACAUUAGCACUAAGCUGUCACCAUAAAGCACCUCCCUACAGGGCAACCAAAUAUGUUCUUGUGUGAGGUUUUCUGAGUCUGUACUUCAUAUGACUGUUCUAAAUUAAGUGAAACCUUUGGGUCUGUAUCAACAUAUACAAAAAACUGAUUAGGCUGUCUUUACUGAAGUCAAGCAGUUUUAAUCCUGUAAAACUUAAUCUUUGCAAAUAAAGACAAAAAGACCAAACUUUUUUAAAUACAAA